ACCCGUACCCGUAGAUUGAUUUCCAUCCGGGUCCCUUCCGUUCCACGGCAAGUAUCCGUCGCACGGUGAGCUAGUGCCUGCUGCUGCCGCCGCCUAGUCCAAUUUCCCUUCUCGUUUAUAUCGUCCGAAACUAGGGUUUUACUUCCAUCUUCCUCGCCUCGCCGCAUUGCCUCUCGUUCUAGUUGGCGGUGGUCGUCUCCCUCCCCCUCCCCAAACCCUAACGGAAAAAGGCUUCUCCAGAUUCAGGUUCCACCCCUCGCCGUCGUCCAUGGCGCUGCAGUACGUGGAGGCGCAGCGGCAGGCGCGGCCGGACCUCGCCGACUGGUACGCCGACCUCGCCGACCUCUACCAGCGCAAGCUCUGGCACCAGCUCACCCUCAAGCUCGACCAAUUCCUCCAGAUCCCGGCCGCGCAGACUGGCGACACGCUCAUACAGCUCUACAACAAUUUCAUCUCCGAUUUCGAAACGAAAAUCAACCUGCUCAAACUCGCCCAGUUCGCGGUCAUAGCCUCGCGCCAAUAUCCUGACAAGGAUGCCGCCAUCGCCUUCCUCGAGGGGAUAAUCACCAAGCUUCGCGAGACCAGGGAGCUGCGGAUCAAUGAGCCCAUCCUUCACGUCAAGAUGCAGAUCGCAGCAAUUCACCUCGACAAAGGGAACCACAAAGAGUGCAAGAACCUGCUGGAGGAAGGGAAGACCACCCUGGAUGGCAUGACUGAUGUGGAUCCAACGGUCCAUGCUAGCUUCUACUGGAUAUCGUCUCAGUACCAUAAGUCGCUCCAAGAGUUUGCUGAGUUCUAUAAGAACGCUCUUCUCUAUCUGGCGUACACAACCGUGGGGUCUCUCUCAGACUCAUUCAAGCUUGAUUUGGCAUUUGAUCUGUCCCUUGCAGCCUUGCUGGGGGACAACAUCUACAACUUCGGGGAAUUGUUAGCUCACCCUAUUAUCAUUAGUCUUAUUGGGACCAAGGUGGAGUGGGUUUAUCACAUGUUACAAGCGUUCAACACCGGCAACCUAGCUCUCUACCAAGAGCUUUGUGGGGUUCACAAUGCUGCUCUUAGUGCACAGCCUGCAUUGGUGCAGAAUGAACAGAAACUGCUUGAGAAGAUCAAUAUUCUGUGUCUGAUGGAGAUAAUCUUCAGCCGGCCAUCAGAAGAUAGAACUAUCCCAUUAAGUGUUAUUGCCAAGCAGACUAAGCUUUCAACCAGCGAAGUGGAAUGUCUUCUUAUGAAGAGCCUCUCGGUUCAUCUCAUAGAAGGAAUCAUCGAUGAAGUCGACAGCACGGUUCACGUCUCGUGGGUCCAGCCCAGAGUACUCGGCAUCCCACAGGUGAAGGCGUUGCGUGAGCGGCUGGACUCGUGGGUCGGCAAAGUGCAUAGCACGCUGUUGUCCAUCGAGGCAGAGACCCCUGAUCUCGUGGCGGCUUAGCUUCUUCUUGGCCAGAAAUGCUUCUGAAUAGGCAGGCUUUGGUUCUCAGCAGGCGGCGGUGUAAAACGAGAGACCAUCUGGCUGUGCUGCGCGUGCUAGCUGCUCUUUUCUGGAUAACGAAAACCUUGUUGCCUUGGGUGUCCUAUUGAUCUGGACUUGUAACUUGCUUCUGUCAUCACGGAUUGAAACAGAGAAAUCAUACCGGCAGAGGGCGUCACUAGUUUUUUCCCAGUUGAACUUUAUAAUCUGUAAUCCAGCGGUUUGCCAGUUUUUCUUUCUCUUCCAUUGUGCUAUGGACAUGGACACGCAGGAAAAUCUUGCUCAUUUUCUUAAGUUUGUUCCAGACAGCGA